AUGGUGACAAUCGUCAGCCUGUCGCGGGGAAAGUGCGGUCUCUCCAAAGGCGUCAAAAGGUACCUGGUUGACAUCGCAGCAGCGGAUCAGCUCGUCGUUCUCUUCAAUCUGUUACUGGGCAUGAUUCUGAUGACUUACAUGCCAGUUGAGCUUUUACUCUGGUCGUUACGUGUUUCCAUGUGUAAUAUCCAAGCUGCCCUGCUCUUCGCCAACACGAACUGUUCUGUCUGGUUCACAGUCACUUUCACCUUUAAUCGAUUUUUCUCCAUUUGUUUUCAGAAGCUGAAACGAAAAUACUGCACCGGGAGAGCGGCGGCACUGGUUCUGGGGACAGUGAUUCUGCUGAGCUACCUGAAGAAUAUUUUCUGGUAUCUUUCGCUCCAUGGGACACAUACGUUGAUAAUGUCCACCGAGGUGUGUAUGCGUCAUUUUAGUUAUUCCCGAUCACAGGAGACAACAUUUCUAAUGAUUCCUUCCUUCCUUACCCCAAUAUUCCCAUUUGUCCUCAUUCUGCUGCUCAACAGUUUAACCAUCAGACACGUCUUCGUGGCCAGCCGAGUCCGGAGGAAUCUCCAUGGUUCGCGCGAUGGCGAGACUCCCGCGGACCCGGAGAUGAAAAACCGUAGGCAAUCUCUUCUGUUACUGCUGGUGAUGUCGGGAAAUUUCAUCCUGCUGUGGGCGCUGCUGACGGUGUGUUCCGUAUGGGAAAGCCUGUUUUUUAAUGUCGGCUCCAUUCCCCCGAAUUCUCUGCUGGAGCUGGGCUACGCGCUGCAACUGCCGAGCUGCUGCAUCAACAUGGCCCUUUACGCCGUGGUCCAGGCCAGGUUCAGGGCGCAGCAGAAGGAGGCGGUGAAAUCGCCCUUCAGUCUCAUGGCAAAGCUUAUUCGGCGUUGUCGGGACAUCCUUCUUCCUCAGUGA